UUUUUUUUUUUCUUUUCUUUAAUUUUGUUUACAUUCAAUGAUGCAAUAUCGAUUUACGCGUGUUUUAGCCGAAAGUACACGAUUUUCGAACGAUACGAGAGAUCGAGAUUCAAGUUUGACAAAAUGUCCGAAAAUUGAAGGAUGUUAAAGCGAAGGAUAUUUAAUUAACUAGAGAUACGAUAUUGUUUGUCGGUUAUGCACUGUCGUCCUUAGCAUCGAGUCCUUAAGCUAAUUCGAGGCUGGGAUUGGUGAGUUUAAUUAAAGUUGUGAAUGUAUAUCAAUGAGAAGAGGAAGCGAAACAAAUUGCAACACAUUCGCAACAUCGUCUAGAAUUCAUUUAACUUAGUUAGCAUUGUUUAUUUUAAACGAUGAUUGUGUCGAUGUAAUUUUAUUGUGGAUCGAUUAAAUUCGAAUUACUGUUCGAAAAGAUAUAGAAAAUAUCAUCGUCGAGGUUAUCUUACGCUUUUGGCCACAUUUUCAUUGAAUCAACAACCAUUUCAGGGCACGGCGAACUCUCUGAAUUCAAGUUGAAACUGUUUUUGUUUCCUCAAUGAAACCCGUUCUGUCAUGUCUUACACUGAAUUGGAACAUGGUUAUCAGGGUCUACGGAGUGCCAGUCGACCAAUUUUCUAUGUAGGGGACUUAAGUUCUGUACAACCAACCCUCGUGGGUCCUGUUGCUUCUUCUCUAUAUCGUUCAUCAAAAAGAGCCGAACUGUCGGACGGGUGUAGCAAUGAUGAUGGAUGCAUGGGUGGAAGUGAUUUGGAAGGAGAAGGGAAGCAAGUUUUGGUUGGAAUCUGUGCGAUGGCAAAAAAAUCGCAAAGUAAACCAAUGAAAGAGAUUUUAACAAGAUUAGAAGAAUUUGAAUAUAUUAAGAUUGUAGUAUUUCCUGAAGAAGUUAUUUUGAAGGAGUCUGUAGAAGAUUGGCCAGUUGUUGAUUGUUUAAUAAGUUUCCAUAGUAAAGGCUUCCCCCUUGAUAAAGCAAUAAAUUAUGCUAAUCUUAGGAAUCCUUUUAUCAUCAAUAACUUACCAAUGCAAUAUGACAUUCAGAUCACGAAUUGGUGGAAUCAGAAGAUCAUGUGGAAGUCAAUGGUGUUACAUUUAAUAAACCAUUCGUGGAGAAACCUGUAUCUGCAGAAGAUCAUAAUAUUUAUAUUUAUUAUCCUACAUCUGCAGGCGGAGGCAGCCAAAGAUUAUUUAGGAAGAUUGGAAGUCGUAGUAGCGUAUAUUCACCAGAAUCUCGAGUUCGUAAGACUGGUUCUUACAUCUACGAAGAUUUUAUGCCAACAGAUGGUACAGAUGUUAAGGUUUAUACCGUGGGCCCAGAUUAUGCUCACGCAGAAGCAAGAAAAAGCCCUGCACUGGAUGGUAAAGUCGAAAGAGACUCGGAGGGAAAAGAAAUUCGCUAUCCGGUUAUACUAAGUAACGCUGAGAAGUUAAUUAGUAGAAAAGUCUGCUUAGCUUUCAAACAAACAGUUUGCGGUUUUGAUUUACUUAGGGCAAAUGGCCAGUCAUUUGUGUGCGAUGUAAAUGGUUUUAGCUUUGUAAAGAAUUCUAAUAAAUAUUAUGAUGAUUGUGCGAAGAUUUUGGGAAAUAUGAUUUUAAGGGAAUUGGCACCUACUUUGCACAUACCAUGGAGCAUAUUUGCAAAAUACGACGGCUAUAAACACGGUCACAUUAAAUUGAAGAGACCUAAGCAAUUGCAAGAAAUAUUGGAUACUGCACGUAGUUUAUUAGCUGAAAUACAACAUCGCGCUGCUGGACCUGAAUUGGAAGAGAAACAAGGAAAAUUAGAACAAUUGAAAAGCGUCUUAGAAAUAUCGACUUGGAGAGCCUUCCCUUGUUUUAAUAUUGAAAUGGGGUGGAGAAUUAACACCAGCCGGCCGUAUUCAGGCAGAGGAAUUGGGAAGAAUAUUUCGCUGCAUGUACCCCGGUGGUCAAGGUAGACACCUUAGUGGUGACUAUGCUGGUGCACAAGGUUUAGGGCUACUUAGACUUCAUUCGACAUUUCGACAUGACCUGAAGAUUUAUGCAAGUGACGAAGGAAGGGUUCAAAUGACCGCUGCAGCUUUUGCAAAAGGUUUACUCGCGUUGGAAGGUGAAUUAACGCCUAUAUUGGUCCAGAUGGUGAAGAGUGCUAAUACUAAUGGUCUAUUAGACAAUGAUUGCGAUAGCAGUAAAUACCAAAACAUGGUGAAAACACGACUGCAUGAAUUAUUACAACAAGACCGAGAGUUUACACGCGAAGACAGAGAACAGAUAAAUCCUGGAAACGCACUGAGCAUCAACGCAGCAAUGGAUUUCGUUAAAAACCCUGUUCGUUGCUGUCAACAUGUUCAUACUUUGAUUCAGAAAUUAAUGGACAUUGUCCGUAUUAAAAAAGAUGAUCCCAAAACCAAAGACGCAAUUCUUUAUCACGGUGAAACGUGGGAAUUAAUGGGUCGACGAUGGGGAAAGAUAGAGAAAGACUUCUGUACUAAAAACAAAAGAUUCGACAUAUCAAAAAUUCCGGAUAUUUAUGAUUGUAUAAAGUAUGAUUUGCAACAUAAUAACCACACGUUGCAAUUCGAACACGCGGAAGAAUUGUACAUUUAUUCUAAGUACUUGGCAGAUAUAGUGAUACCGCAGGAGUACGGAUUAACGGUGCAGGAGAAGCUCACCAUAGGCCAAGGUAUUUGUACUCCUCUUUUGAAAAAGAUAAGAGCAGAUUUGCAGAGAAAUAUUGAAGAAUCUGGAGAAGAAACAGUUAAUAGACUUAAUCCGAGAUAUUCCCAUGGAGUGUCAAGUCCUGGUCGACAUGUACGCACAAGACUUUAUUUUACAAGCGAAAGUCAUGUGCAUUCUUUGCUAACUGUUUUACGUUAUGGUGGUUUACUUGAUGUAGUAAAAGAUGAGCAAUGGCGUCGGGCUAUGGAAUACGUUAGCAUGGUUUCUGAAUUAAAUUACAUGUCUCAAAUUGUAGUUAUGUUAUACGAAGAUCCAACGAAAGAUCCUAGCAGCGAAGAACGUUUUCACGUUGAAUUACAUUUUAGUCCUGGUGUAAACUGUUGCGUGCAAAAGAAUUUGCCUCCAGGGCCAGGUUUUAGACCCCAUUCACGCAAUGAGAGUAGCCACAACGUAGGUGAAAGUGGUGGUUCUGCUCACGAUACCAUUUCACAAUGCAGCACUCGAAUAGAGGAAGAGGAUGUAGAGUUGGGAAUUCUGGAGGAUGAUUUCAUGAACCCUCCACUGCAAUCUGUGUGUAUAAACGUGUUAUAUUCGAAAGAAACACCUCCGCCAACGAUAGAGUCAGAUACUGUUGAUGCAAUGGAUAGUCCAACAACCAGUAGAGCAGUUGAUAUGAUGGAUCUACAUCCUAACAUGAUGGAUGAACCAUUUGAUAGUGGCUUUUUGCAAAGUUCCGCGCCUAUUCCAAUAAGUGCUAGAACUGUGGCUGGCCACGAAGCGGCGAGAUUAGGUAGUCAGUUGGCUGCGAGUCAACGCCAACGACGUGAUGCGGAGAGAAGUACAAUUGUUGAGCCACGAGCACGCAGCUAUGAUUAUCAGAGACAGGACAAAUCCGAAAAAGAGCAACGCCACUUGGAGAGAUCUGGCCAGGCAUUGCUGAACGUGCCUACGGAAAAAUUGGGUCUGCCACACUCGUUCAGUUCGCCGGAGUUCCCGGUUCCUUCGCCAGAAACUUCCGUCUUGUGUUCGACACCUUUGGUGACCUUGCACACGUCUCCUCUGAUCUCGCCGAACAGCCGGACGACGCCGAACGAUGACGCGACGAGCGCCGUGUUCCCGGUCCCCACGAUUCGCUCAUCGUUCUUUAACGUAGAUCUCGAGCCCGACCUGCCUGACGACGAUUUCGAUCCACUGAUUUUUCAGAGUAAGAAAUACGGACGUUCUCGUUCGGAGAUGAUACUCCCUGGAAUCGAGCGGAGCGGUGAGUUGACCGAUUCCUCGACAAAACAGCCGCCGUGGUUGCCAAGUCGAUCCCCCUUCUCAUUAACCCUGUGCGAAAGAACUGCAGAGGUAAUGACACUCGUAGAACAGACCGAACUGAGAGAACGUUCUCGUUCGUCGUCACCUUACGUGGCCAAAUGCCUUUGUUAUAAUUGUAACGUCUCGGAGUUGAUCCUGACGAGCAGAGAGUUACCGCCUGUCGAGCGUCUCAACUUCGACGUCUACUUCGCACGCUCGCUCUCCCAUAAGUUUGUCAAUUGUUCCUGUUACUCGAAUCUGCAACCGGACGGAAUCUCCACUCGUGUUUGUUGUCAUUCGUUUAACAAUAACCGUGGGCGUCACGCAGGAAUCGCCGGAUUAGAUCAGACUGGCUCGUCCUUCGUGCUUCGGCCAAAGAAUAGAUUCCACGCGUUUCCCGAGGGACAGAGUGUCGUUGUUCCCUGUUUAGGAUCGAGGUUCGAUCGUUGUAUCGUUGUACAUCGGCCAUGGUCAGAUCACGAUCGCAAAGAGGAAGAGAAGUGGUGGAGGUUCGAGAGAGAGAAGUCCAGUAGCUGUGAUAUAAUUGGAGACACACGUGUGCCAUUCAGAAACUUGUCCUGUCCGAAUUUGUUGUCCGGCGUCUUCUCCUCUCGCGUGGAUGAUCCCGUUUCUGCGAAUGAAAACGGCGGAACUGUCGAUUGUUCGGUGAUGUACAGACGAUGGUCUUGUCCCAAUGUGAAUCUCCAGUGGCACGGUAGCCUGGUACACGCGCCAGAUCGUAGUAGUACGCUUUCUCAUAUGCUCCCUGCGCACGAUAAUGAUGUUCACGAUGAUCACGAUACCCUCCGCAAGUGUUACCAUCGUUCCAAGAGUCCACGUGAACCGUUGUCCCGACUCCAGCCUCAACGAUCCUUCUCAUCUCCAGACACACGACCUUCGAUCAUUCAACCUGACCCUACCUGCACAGCAAGGCGCCACCGUCACAGUAUCUCCGGACAGAUGAGUUAUUUCAAGCUGUUGGGCUACAAUAUCAACAAGAAGUUGACCGGAUCAGCGAAUAGUUUGUUCAGCACGGCUGUUAUCAGUGGAUCCUCCAGCGCGCCAAAUCUCAAGGACAUGAUACCUCCGCACGCUUCUGCUGUUGCUGCGAUAGAAGGCUUUGGUGGUGUACCGCCGAUAAGGCCGUUGGAAACUCUUCACAACGCGUUGUCAUUACGUCAGUUGGAUUCCUUCUUGGAAAUGAUGACCAGCGCCCCUCUGUUCCGAACACCCGCCUCCUCGCCGCCGAAGUACCCUUCUCCCGCUGGAUCAACCCACGAAUCGGUCAAUCAAAGUCUCAGUAUCGGAGGAAUCAGCCGCGAGUACCACUCUUCCGACUUGGAAGCUGUCAGGUACCGUAAGAAAUUAAGUAAACCAUCCUUUGGUGUCCCCCUUCUUAGGUACAUUACACCAACACCCAUACAGUAUAAACCUUCGAAUGACGGAGAGCCUUGUGAUAUAAGGAACCAGCUAUCACCAACCAGUCCUAAUAGUACUGGAUGGAGCAGUGAACCGCAGUCAUUUCUUUCUUCUGAACCUUCAUCCCCUGCGCCAACUUCAACAGGAGAAUGCAGCAUGUCUAUAAGCCUAAUCAGCAAUGAUGGAACGCAAUCCUUUAAUGUGGGUCCCAAGUUUCCUACGACACCCUGUUUGGAUGUGGACUUCAACGAGUUCUGUAUAAAUAUUGACCAAGAACACAGAGAGGGUCGCGGCAGCGUAUCCUAUACAGAUUACUAUAGCAACGAAGAUGGUCAAAUACGAAAUUGUGGUUUCGGAGCUGGUUUUAAUUCCAACAUACAAAAGAUAAUGCGUACCAAUGAAGACCUCCCUGCUGAUAACAUGGACGACGACGAGGAUCAUACUAUAACUUUAAAACAGACUGAAGAGCAGAGGAAGCAGGAUGUGAAACAAAUAUUUGAGCAGAAGGAAAACCCAAGCACAAAAUCUAGCAGCAGUUACAAAAAAAUUGGAAGAUUCCUUGUCGAAAGCAUGGAAAUAUCAGACGAAGAUGUCAGGAUCAAAGAAACAGAUAACGUGGACAAGACAAAAUCAUCUGCCCUCCAGAAAACCGAAUCUUUCAAUGCAGAAAGAAUGCAAAAGAACAAAGAUGGUACUGAGAUUGCGCAAGAACAGAAGAAGCUUCAUUUCUCCAGCAGUUGUAAAAGGAAGAGUUUUUCUCGAUCUCAGAGUGUUUCUAUGCCAAAAACCCCGACGCAAAAGCUUGAAACAAAUUACAGUUACAAGUGCACGUCAAAGUUAAGCUCACUUUCAAAUAUGUCGGACGAGGACUUGGAGAAUUGGAAGCAGAGCAUGAUGGAAUCAAAAGAUUCUUGCUCAGAAAUGAAACCGAAAGAGCCAAUCUUGACUGUAGCAAGCAGUAUGACAGGUAACUCCAGCGUGACAGUAGGUUUCAAUGUUCAAGGCGAGAAGAAAGAAAAACCCGAUCUUUGAAAGUAUUUUUUAAAAGUUCAUUUUUGAAAUAUUACCCAAGUUUAUUUGUUAAAUCCAUCUCCUUGAUACGACGAAUAAGAUAUUUCAUAUAAAAUUAUUGGACCGUUUAACAUUACGAAUAAAAUCAAGGUUUUAUUAUUUGUGUUGUAGAUAUUCACAAGAUAUGUAUUGAUGAAAUUUCAUGAAAUUUUUUGCCCUUUAGUUUUCAACACAAUAUCACAUACAUUAUUUAGUACUUUACUUUUUUCACAUUCGUUGAGAUCGUUAGCAAUACUUAAAAAAAUUUCUUUAACGUGAACAUAUGAACAUACGAAUU